CAUUACAUUUUUGUAGUCGAGAUACGGCAAUUUCCAGUUCCAGGUUCCGCUGCUUCGACCACUCUUACCCUGCGACUCCCGAUCACCCUCCAUAUUUCCCCGCCUCCACUCCCAACGACCGUUCCAGUGGCAGCAUGGCAAUUUCCGACAACUCCGAGCCCAAAACCGCCACCGGCCCCUGCGGCUACGUCCUCGAAGAUGUUCCUCACUUAGUUGAUUACAUCCCCGAUCUCCCAACGUAUCCCAAUCCAUUACAAGACAAUCCCUCCUAUUCGGGUGUCAAGCAGUAUUUCGUCAAUGCGGAUGAUACCGUUGCCCAAAAGAUUGUUAUCCACAAGGAUAGUCCGAGGGGGACGCACUUCCGACGCUCUGGACCACGUCAGAAGGUUUUACAUUCCGAAUUUUUUUCCCUCUAUUUAUUGCCCUUAUAUUAUAUAUUCCAGACAAAUGACAUGCAAUUGGAUAUUUCGCAGGUGUAUUUUGAGUCAAGUGAAGUGCAUGCGUGUGUCGUGACAUGUGGUGGUCUAUGUCCAGGACUGAAUACAGCUAUUAGAGAAAUAGUAUGCGGGCUGAACCACAUGUAUGGUGUCAAAAGAAUUCUCGGAAUAGAAGGUGGAUACAGAGGGUUUUAUGCCGCAAAUACAAUCCCCUUAACGGCAAAGGUUGUGAAUGACAUCCAUAAAAGUGGUGGCACCAUCCUUGGGACAUCACGAGGCGGGCAUGAUACCUCAAAGAUUGUGGACAGCAUCCAGGACAGAGGAAUUAAUCAGGUUUAUAUACUUGGGGGAAACGGAACUCAGAGAGGAGCUUCGGUGAUUUUUGAGGAAAUCAGAAGGCGUGGCCUCAAAGUAGCGGUGGCAGGAAUUCCAAAAACCGUCGAUAAUGACAUUCCGGUUAUAGACAAAUCUUUUGGUUUCGACACUGCUGUUGAGGAGGCUCAGCGAGCCAUUAGUGCAGCCCAUGUUGAAGCAGGAAGCAUUGAGAAUGGUAUCGGCGUCGUCAAGUUAAUGGGCCGCUAUAGUGGAUUCAUAGCAAUGUAUGCUACUCUUGCUAGCCGAGACGUAGACUGUUGUCUGAUUCCAGAAUCGCCUUUCUAUAUGGAAGGACCAGGUGGACUUUAUGAAUAUAUUGAAAGAAGACUGAAGGAGAAUGGUCACAUGGUUAUAGUAAUAGCCGAAGGUGCAGGACAAGAGCUUCUUUCUGAAAGCAUGAACCAGCAGGAUGCUUCCGGAAAUAAGCUUCUCCAAGAUGUUGGUCUGUGGUUAUCGCAAAAUAUUAGGGAUCACUUCUCGAAACAGAGAAAGAUGACUAUAAAUCUCAAAUACAUAGAUCCCACUUAUAUGAUCCGUGCAAUUCCAAGCAAUGCAUCUGAUAAUGUAUAUAGCACCCUCCUUGCUCAAAGUGCCAUUCAUGGUGCGAUGGCUGGAUACACGGGAUUCACUGUCGGCCCUGUUAACAGAAGGCAUGCUUACAUUCCGUUCCAUCGGGUGACCCAGGGGCAGAACAAGGUUGUGAUAACUGACAGAAUGUGGGCGCGGUUAUUGUCAUCGACCAAUCAGCCGAGCUUCUUGGACCUCAAAGAGGUCGAAGCAAAGAAGAAAGAGGAAACAAAAGCGCAACCGAUUGUUGGGGAAAACCAUUCUGAAGCGACUUCAGCGUCUAGACCAAAGGAAUAGGAAAAGGGUUCAACGAGCAGCUUGUUUCUGAACUCAAACGUGGUUGUGCACACGGUGUUCUUAUUCAUUUUCGCUCCCUAUCUGUCUUAAUGUGUGAAGUAAUUCUUUAGAAGACCACCUAUAUCCAGCGGUGUUUCGGCUUUCACCAUCGAUAUCUUUAUAAGGAGCCAUUGUAUAUAUAUGAAACAAAUGAGUAGUUAUGAGUUGUGGGCAGAUAUGAUUCCUCUCCACGCUUUUUCCCAACUAAGCAUUUCAUUUUCUAUUUUCAGAAUGAUUUAUCCAUUAUGUUUUUACUUUAAAUUUUAUCCAUUAUGUCGUCUAUAAAUUUGUUGCACUUACAGGUUGUGAGCCA